CUCCUCAUUUUAAAUUUUACAGUGCACCUGUGACACAUGCUUUAGAAACAGAACAUUUGGUUCAAAGAAAGAAUGGCUCUCAGUCCCUCUGCGUUUCCUCAAGAAAGGGAAGCAACUAAUGCAAAUUGUAUAGAAACGAAACAGUCACAAGGUGCUUCCGUAGCUUGCGAAGACCCCCUUCAGAACCUGCGCUUGGCGUCUCAAGACGUGCUUCAUAAGGCUCAGCGAAGCGGGAGGUCACGGUGCCUCAAGUGUGGUGGCUCAAGGAUGUUCUACUGCUACACAUGCUAUGUCCCGGUGGAGAAUGUGCCCACCGAGCAGAUCCCACUCGUGCAGCUCCCACUGAAGAUCGAUAUCAUUAAGCAUCCAAAUGAAACAGAUGGCAAAAGCACUGCUGUGCACGCAAAGCUCUUAGCACCCGACUCUGUGAGCAUUUACACUUACCCGUGCAUUCCAGAGUAUGAAGGCACAGACCAUGAGGUUGUACUUGUUUUUCCUGGGCCUCAGUCCAUCUCAGUAAAAGAUGUCUCUUUUCAUCUACAAAAAAGGACUGAAAGUAAAGGUAGAAGUAGAACUGAUGACCUUGAUGUACCACCUUUUAAACUCAAGAGAACUAAGGAAGAGGAAGGCUGUGAUUUGAGCACAAGCACUUGCAAAGGCCCAGAGUUGAAAAGAGUUGUCUUUAUUGACAGCACCUGGAGCCAGACAAGCCAGAUAGCCUCUGAUGAGCGGCUUCGGGAGUUAUUACAAGUUGAACUGAAAACAAGGAAAACUUGCUUUUGGCGCCAUCAAAAAGGGAAGCCAGAUACUUUCCUUUCCACAAUUGAAGCCAUUUAUUACUUCCUGGUAGACUACCAUAGUGACAUGCUGAAAGAGAAGUACAAAGGACAAUAUGACAAUCUUCUAUUCUUCUACUCUUUCAUGUACCGCUUGAUAAAGAAUGCCAAGGGCUCUGGAGAGAAGGCAAAACCAAAACCCACCCGUUAGUUCUGCACACAGCGCUUGUCAUGUGCUCUGCUGACGUUCGCAGGCUUGUUCCUGAGCCGUGUUUACUCUGGAAAA